AUGAAUCAAUAUGAUGAUUAUGAUAGUGAUGGCGAAGAUGUACCAACGCUGGGUGGUUCGACCACUUCAAUCAUCAACUUGCGACAGUUUCAAUUAGAUUUCUUUCUAUCUAUAUCACAAAAAGAAGAUGAUUUAGAACUAGAUGAGCUUAUAGAUGAUAUUAGACCUAAGACACAUUAUGAAAGAGUAGAGGAAUCAAUUAAACAAGCAAUUUUAGAUAUACCAAAUACACCACCAAAUGUAUCUACACCUUUAACUUUAGAAAAUUCAUCUUCACCGAUAAUGUCAUCUCAAUCCAAUACUUCUACAACUUCUACUACUACCACUACGACAACAACGUCUACCACUACUUCAAAUAACAAUAAUGUAAAUAAUAACAAUAAUAAUAGUAAUAAUGUAGAAGAUAUAGAUGAAGAUGAUAUAUUAACAAAUGCAGAAGUUAUUAUAACAUUCGCAUUGUAUCACCCUUGCAAAUCAUUAAAAGUACAAGAAAUAUCAGUUUUGGGUUCACAAAAGUUGACUGAUCUUAAAGAUAAAAUAUAUUGUCUUAGAGAUAGAAUUCUAGAUGGUCAAAAUAGAAAAUCAUCAUAUUUCUUUAUAAAUAAUAUAUUCUAUAAUGAUACUAGAGACCCAAAUAAUAUAAAAUAUAGUGAAACUAUACUUGAAUGGCUGAGACCAAAGAAUAAAGAUAUAUACUAUCAAGAAAAAAAUAUGCAAGACGAGAUAUUCCUGAAUCUAUCUCUUUCCAUCGGCGAGAAGUAUCUCUAUUGCAACCAAGGAAACUGCGAGCAUUUCCUCAUUGCCAAGAAGAUCCGAUUGAUAACCGUGAAUGACUCUCAAAAAAGAUCGGACUAUCCCUUUGUCAACUAUCAACUCAAAGUCAGAAGAAGGAAAUGUAAGAUUUGUGAAAUCUACCCAUCAAAAUUUGUUACUAUUGGCGAUAAGCUUGUCGAUGAAACACCCUAUUUCUUUUGUGAGGAAUGCUAUCGUAUGUUUCACUAUACAAAAGAGGGUGCACUCAUUUAUUCAGAUUUUAAAAAAACAAUGAAUAUCUCAAUUCGUCGAUCUCACUUUGAUGAAAGUGAAGUGAUGAUUGAUAUUUGGUGUCGCUCAGUAGAUUCCACACACGACUUCCUUACAGAGAUAGAUAGAGUGGAGAUUGAGAAGCAAGUACGAUCGUUUUUACCAAAGGCUCCACUAUGGGUUGCUGUUACUUUGUCGGACAACAAACCAAUGGGAUUUAUGCUGCUUUCAGAAGAAGAGAAACAUAUGGAUGCAUUGUUUGUAGAUCCUGAUUUUCGAGGUAUUGGUAUUGGAAGUCUGCUUGUGAGGCACGCCUUAUCGAUUGCACCAGAAUUGACGACAGAUGUCAAUGAGCAAAAUCUUCAUGCAGUUAGAUUUUAUAAAAAGAUGGGUUUUAUUAAAAAGACUUUUGUAUUAGAAUAUAGUCUACCGGCAAUGUGGUCAUGUGACGUUGCAAUUGAACAUUAUUUUAUAGUCAUCCUAGAAAUAAAACUUGUCCGUUGCAAUAAGGAGAUGUUUUUAUCACCUACUCACGAGUUGGUGUCAAUGUAUUGCCCGUGGGCUCUUAGGACAUCAGUUUUUUAUAUACGUUCCGGUAGCGGAGAAAAUUUAAGUUAA